AUGAUUGAACCAACUUUGAUUAUUGGAACUUUUAACUAUUAUGUCAAAGACACUGAAAUUAAAGAUAUAAUAUCAAAACUUGUUGAAGUCAUUUCUGUUGAUAUUAAAACUGAUGUCUCAAGCGGUAAAUCUCUUGGAGUUGCUGUUGUUACAUUAAAAAAUAAAAGCGAUUGUGAUGGAUUUAUUAAAGCUCUAAGUGAAAGUCCAGUUGAAGAUUUGGUUGGUGACAAAGAUAAACUGUGUAGUGAAAAGAUUUUAGCUCAACCAUGGACCACUAAAACAGAACUUCAAUUUAUUUAUGAGAACGGUCAAUUUUCACAUACUUCUUCAAAAGAAUAUUAUGCAAAUGAAUUGAAGAAAGGUGAAAGUAAUAGAAGAGGUGAUGAAAAUGAAAGAAAAAGGUCUCGCUCAAGACAUUCUCGUUCCCAUUCUAGACAUUUUAAAGGGUCAAAAAGACACCACUCAAGAAGCAGAUCAAGACGUGAAAGACAUCGUUCAAGAAGUAGAUCACCUCGAAGAGAUAAAGACAGAGAUAGAUCUAAAAGGGACUCUCAUCGCCAUUGA